GAAAGAAAAGAAAAAGAAAGGAGAUGAAAGGAAAGGACAAUAAAGGAAAGAAAAGGAAGGAAGAGAAAGAGAAAGAAGAGUUGAAAAUAAACAAGUAGAGGAGAGGUAAUGAAAGGAAAGGAAAUAAGGAGAAGAAACUGGGAGAGAAGACAAGAAGAAAAGGGAGGAGAGAAGAGGAGAGGAAAGGAAACAAGGAGAAUAGUGCAGAUGAGAUGACUGGAAAGGAAAGGAGCCAACUGAGGAGAGCAGAACAGGAGAUUAGAGAAUGAUGGCUGGCGUGUAGACCUGGCCGUGUUUACACUAACCAAAAAUUGGGUUUACAUGUCAAAAGGUGCUUCAUGAUAUUUUCUAAAGGCUCUCUGUCCACAUUUAUGUGUAUGAAAAAGUUAAGCUUAAUUUUUUCUAUUGUUAAGGUGGCCUUAACUUUACAGAGCAAGUGUGAUGAGCAGAGGUGUGAGCCAUGAAGUCAAGAUUCACAAAAAAAUGGAUUAGAUGUUAAGUAGAAGUUUGAGAGUACAUAAUAUCACACAUUCAUGUUUUUGCAACCACUACGUGACACUGCAAUGUGAAACCAAUAUUUUCAAAUUUCCUCUUUUUGAGGAGCUUUUUCAGAAAGAUAUAUUUAAGAUUCCAUCUAUGUGUCGAGAAAAAGUGAUGCAUUUAGAAAUUCGUCUGCAUUAGUGUGGCUCGACUGUUUUAUCUGUUUUUAUGCCCAAUAACCAAACUCACACCAACAAUACUUUUGUAUUAAAGUUGCUGUCAGAUAAUUGUAAAUUGCAGUGUUUUCACACAUAUUGGUAUUAAUGUCAGUGUGUUACAGCCUCCGAAGGAGAUUUUUAACCUUGAUAUCAGUAAAUUGAAAAUCAAAGAUAAAUUAUAGUUUCAUGGAUAGAAAUUCAAUUAUCUGCAGUUUAGGAUAAACAGCUCCAUUAUACCAUUCAAGUGCUGUGAUCACAUAAUACCAACACCAUGCUUCAACACAUAGCCGUGAGAACAACAACAACAACUCACCAGUCAUUAGCAGAAUAAUCAACCACAUCAUUGGACUGUGUGUGUCGACAAUAACAAGGCAGAUCGGUGCACUUUGUGUUUGAGUGGCUCAGUGCAUGAGCGCUGUUGUGUUUGUAACAGUGAGAAGUACGUGACAAGUAAAGUGAUAUAUUUGACAUUUAAGAAACCUAACAUAAUAUUAUUUAACCAUCACAAAUCAUUGGGUAUGGGUUUGAAAAUGAAGACUUAUUUUCAUUUAAUUAUUAUAAAAUAAGCAGUUUUGCUAUAGAAAUGUCCUGCUCCACCUUCUGCAAUGAGGAAUUAUCACAGACAUUUUCAGUUUUACCUCCAAGUGGAGGGUUUAAAUAAUCUGGCCAAAACUACAAAAAUAAGACCCCAUUUGUUAUAAUCCAGAUUUUUUUAUAAAGCUGCUACAAUCAACAUAUUUAUAUUAACUAUGUAUCAAAUUACUACUUCUAUGUAAAAGAGGUCACUAGUAGUGACAAAUCCACAGAGAAUUAUCACUCGACUCAUUUGUGUCUUUCAGCUCAUUGCUUUGUUUUUCCGACCCGCGACUUUACUGUUUUCAGUGAAACAGCUCUGAUAAACCUGCUGUACACCUGCCCAUCAGCAAAUGGCAGGCAGACAAGGUUAGCGACUAGCUGUUGAAGACAGUGGAACAUCUAGCAGCUUCAGGGCCUGAUAUUUGUCUGAAGAGUUGGUGGAGACCAAAAACAGAGUUAAAAGGAGUGUGAAUAUUGGACUUUGCCAGGUGGCCAGAAACACAACUGCAAAUGAAUGCUAAUGUAGCUCUGCAUGCGACAGGCGUAAAUAAGCAAUUGUUUGCUAAAAAGGUUCACUAUCAACUCUAGAAGGUGAUAAUAUUUCAGUCCCGAGUGGCUAAAAAAAUGCAGGUUCAAGGUGAACUUGGAUGUUAGUGUUACGUAAUUAGAGCACUAGUCCACUAGGAGGCCCUGUGAUCAAAGACUUAAGAGCGACAGGUAUUUUGUUCUAUAAGAAAAUGUCAUAAAUAUAAAUAAAUAUGUGUUUUCUUCAAUAUCAGUGUCUCCAAGAUAGCAACUGACAUGCUGCUGUCGUCUUGUAGUUUCUUGGGUGGAUCCACUAGAAUUACGUCCUGCCAGUGACGUAUGACGCACGGGAGACGCUGUCAGUUUGGGGUGAUGUCAGUCAUGAGCAGAGGCACAGUGUGGUGCAACUCACCACAGCAAUGACAGAUCAGCACAAAUACACCGAAAGGAAAAGAGCAAAGAAAUGAGUUGACGGUGAAGUUUAGUUUAGACUUAGGUUUAGAUUUAGAGGGUGAUUGUAUCCAGCAAUGCAGUGUGCGUCUGUGUUCGCAAGUGUGUGUGUGUUACUUGGUUCCAGGUGCUGUCCCCAGUGUAACCUGAGCUGGUCUUUAUCAAUAAAUAAUGCAUCUGAACCAGUCAGCUCAUCAGUCAGCUCGCGAGAUACGUAGCUCCGGCUUAUUCUGCCAUUUGCCCUCCAAAGGACGGAUACAGCCACACGCACACAAAUAUCCAUACACACACACACACAGAUAGAUGCAACAGAACAGUAAACAACAUCCCAGAGUCUGAGAUAAUCUCACUGUUUUCAGCUUCAGGAUUCAAUUUCAGGUGUUUUUUGUUUUGCCGUGUCACCUGGAGCGACCUCACAGAUCAUGAAUCCUGAAUAUGACUACCUGUUCAAACUUCUUCUGAUUGGUGACUCUGGAGUCGGAAAGUCAUGUCUGCUGCUGCGAUUCGCGGAUGACACCUACACUGACAGCUACAUCUCCACCAUCGGAGUCGACUUCAAGAUCAGGACCAUCGACAUGGACGGGAAGACAGUGAAACUACAGAUUUGGGACACAGCAGGUCAGGAGAGGUUUCGAACCAUCACCUCCAGCUACUACAGAGGAGCUCACGGCAUCAUCAUCGUCUACGACGUCACUGAGCAGGAGUCCUUUAACAACGUGAAGCAGUGGUUGGAUGAAAUAGAUCGUUACGCCUGUGAAAACGUCUCACAGCUGCUGGUGGGAAACAAGUCUGACCUCGUUAGUAAGAAAGUGGUGGACGCUGCCACUGCUCAGGACCUGGCCUCGUCUCUUAAGAUCUCCUUUCUGGAGACGAGUGCUAAGAGCUCUGAUAACGUGGAGAGGGCUUUCCUCACCAUGGCCUCUGAGAUCCACAAGCGCCUGGCCAAUGAGGGAGGGGGCAUGCAGGGCGAGUCGAAAGAGGCCAGGGCCCAGAGCGCCAAGAUCAACAGCGCCCCUCUGUGGCUGGGAGGGGAAAAACAGACGCAGGAGGCCAGUAACUGCUGCUGAGCAGGAGACAACACCGUGAUGACAUCACUACACUGUUCAAAAGAGAGAGGUGUGUCAUUUUAAACACACGCACCUGUCUAGUUUCAGGACUAUGUGAUUGUGUGUUUUGGACACACACAUAUUGUCAGAAUUUUGACAUCUUUGCUAUUGAACUAAAAACAUAUAUAAAAAUGUGGCUUUUCAGGAGGACAAAACACGUGAUUUUAGCUUGACUACAACAUAUUUUUUAGGCUUGGUAUUUUUGAAUUAUAUAUAUAUAUAAUGGCAUUUCUGCUUUAUUAAAGAGCAGAGACAAACAGGACAGAUGACAGAAAGAUUUGAAACUCAGCCAAAUGAACAACCAGGACAGUGUGGGUGACAAGGUUUGGGAAGAGUUUUAUAAGAGGACCAUUUACUGAAUCCCUCCUUUAACUCAGCAUAAAAGGUGAAAAUUGCAAAAAGCGUAAAUGCAAACCUGAAAAGAGGUGAUUUAUUGUAUUCACCAGUUUUUGUUGUGUUUCGCAUGUUGUUUGUUUAUGUCAAUAAAGAUAUCUUAGGAGUCUUGAUGCUGAAAAUAUGGAUAAAAGAUCUGAUAUAUAUAAAAAGGCCUCAUAUAAAUAUGUACAUAUGAGCGUUUUCUGAUCUAUCACCUCUCUGGUUCAGGUCGGAUUGAGUUUAGGCUACAAAAACUACAAGUUAAAGUAAGUGGGAGCUCACCCUCAUGGUCAAAAGAAACCAGCAUUGACUGGUUGUAUGAGACGGGACAUGAACCACUGUGUCCAGUGGCAGACACACACAUUUUGUACUCAAGAGGAACAUUUCAUGAAAAUGUUAUCAUAGGUCAUUCUUAGAGUUUGAACAAAAGACAGAUGCUGCAUAAUGCAGUGUAGGAAGUGUAAGAGGACACUUGUAGCAUGACUAACACUAGGGGCUAAAAGUCAGGAUCUCAGCUGCUUUAAUUUUGGCCCUUCUUAUUUAAUCUGUCUCUUGUGAGUCCCCCAACUUUAUGGAAAUUAAAAACUACAUCACUGGAGUGUUAAAUUGUAAUUUAAAGGAUCACAAAUGGACCUGUUAGAGCCAGAACUGGAGUAAUAUGCUCUCUGUGUUCAAUGUUGUUCAUAAGCAAUGCGGAUGCAUUCUGGACCAAUUUAACUGCAGUUGCAGCAUUAUUCUGACGUAUAAACACACAGUUGCAGUAAUCAAGGCUGGAGGAGAUGACAUGGAGGAUUUGCUCAACUAUAUUUUUGCACAGCAUUGAUCUAAUUUUAACUAUAUUUCUUAAUUUGAGGGAGCAGGACAUUAAAUGUGCGAAAUGGAUCAGAAAUAACUUCAGAAUUCUAACCGAAGGAUUUGCUGUCAGAGGCCCAAAACAGGAGGUUAUAUCAUCUGAAAUCUGUUCAAAGCCAAUAAGCCGAACGUCAGUUAUGUUUUUUAUAGCAGCACAGCAGCUGUUCAGGGCAUCCAGAUAAUUAAACCUUUAAAGGUAAAAGAUUCUCACAGGAUUAAAUUCAUCAUUAAAUCUCUGCAAUUAUUACAAAUUGUUGGAUAUUCUCAGGAGAUAUUAGCCUGACAAAUAUCACUUGGGUAUGUGAAGUGAUUUCUCAUAAUUGCCUGACAGCCCUGAAUAUGUUAUAUUUGUGCCAUUGUUCACAUUAAUCAAUACUGUUGCUCUGAUUUGAGUAAAGGAUUCUUCCAGUGACACAAAGAUUCAUUGCAGAUUGAUUCCUAUGUCAGCUGGAAACAUUUCACAACCAGGGCCUGCAUUUGUCAUGUAGCAUCCAGAAUCCCUCGUGGGAAUCACAUGAAAGUUAAACUAGAACUAAAACCACUAUUACCUCAGAGUAGGAAUUUCGAGUUUUUAAAUGACGCUUCCCUUCCUGACUUUCAGCAGGAGGACAACUCCUGGGAGAGAGCGUUACGUCACUGUUUUAAAUUUGACUGAACUGCAUGAAAAGACCUUUGUCAGCCUUAUCCAGUCACAUUGAGAGAGGAAGACACUCUUCUGUUUUGCAGACCCCCCCCCCAAAAAAAAACAAACAAAAAAACCCGUAAAGACAUAUGAGGUAAACUCAGCACUAUCCUCACCAGUCAAGAUAAGAAAAAUGUAUGGAGGGCAAUCUCAGAGACGAUCAACACUUCCUUUCAAUUUGCCAGUUGCUGCCCUGAGGAGUGUGAGAAGCGCUGCAUAUACAGUUUUCACAAAGUGUUGUGCAGCGAUAUCAGAGUUUAAUGAAGAGACUGAACAAACAGAUCUGAGUAUGAUCCUCAACAAUGUCUCCUCAAAACAUCUCUCCUCCCACAGCAUGUGCUUCCACCUGACCUCCAUCUCCUGGCAUCUCCAGACAGGUUAAGACACAUCUGGAGCUCUCCUUAAUAUCAGCCGAGAUAGUAGCCGUGUCCAAGGUUAAGAAAGAGGUGAUGCUUUUACUCCUCAGUCUUAAAGUACGACCAAAUAUGUGUCAAUCUGACAAAUAUGAGCUCUGACCUGAUAAGUAGGUUGUAGCUGAUAAUUUAAUUUAGGAAAGGAACAUGCGCUGCAAACACUAGUACUGCUGGACCACCUCUUACCGGAAAGAGGGCAAAUACAAAACAGGAUGGGGGAGAAAAAAAAUACAGGUAAGCUGCUGUUAGUUUUCCUUCCACUAGAUGCCAGUCUUGUUUCGCUUUUUAGCUCUGUUGCCUCUGCUAGAAGGACAAACUAACAAAAUGAGCCUGGCUGACACAUCGGUCACAUCUGGAUCAUUCACACGUUUCGAUCUCUCGUUUUUGUUCUUGUUCCUUCCCUCUAUCUCUUGCUACGUCUCUGUUUCUUUUCCAUCCUCCUCUUUAUGUAUUACUUCCCCCACAUAUUCACAUCUCCCAUUCUCCUUGGUCUUCUGUCUCAACUUCUCCCAUCCAUCUAUCUCUCGUCCUAUAUCCUUCUCCCAGGUCUCUUUUCCUCUGUAUUUUUUAAGCUCCAGCUUCCACUCUCCACAUCUUGCCUCUCCUUGUUCCUCUUCAUUUCUUUCUUUCUCCCUCUGUCUCUCUGGUCUGACUGUGUGGCUGCUUGCUGCUUUGUUAGUUUGGCUGUUGUUUGAUUCUGGGACAACGUAGAGGGCAGAUGUAGAGUAUAUUAAGGUGUGCAUUGAUAUCACAACAGGUGGAUGCUAUGAAUGGGUUUAAAGCUGCGAUACCAGGAGGAAAACAAAUGAAUACCCUGAAAAAACAAAGACCAAUAGAUUCAAAAAUCUGGAAUAUGUAGCAGUAGUGGAUGUUAAAUAUGGCAAGAAUUGAGUUUCCUGACAUGCAUACACUAAAGAUCACUUGGUCAAAAUUGACCCAAACUGGUUCAACAUGGCACCAACACUGGGCUCAGUGCUCGUGUGUAGAAAGCCACCUGAGAUAAUAGGUUGUUUUGAGCCAGUGUUAGUGUUAGGGCCAUGCCAUAUGCAUCGUUUGGUACAACUAUCAAUUCAUUUGGGACAGUUUAGAAAGGCAAAACUUGAGCUUGUUGUUUCUAACAGUGGGUCAAAAUAACUUAUUUUAAAUAACAUUUUAGUUUGGGUAAAUGAUCCAACAGUAAUAAUAAAAAUAACACCAACACUCGGUCAGAACACUUCAUUGGAACAGGCUAAAGUUAACCAUGCGGUGUCGGUGCUAUAGUGACUGUCAGUGUGUAUCUUCACACAGCAGUAGCUGAACAAAGCCUGAGGGCCCAAAGACUGAACAACUCUUAUUGACAUCAGUCAAAAAUACAUGGCAUUGCAGGGUUAAUCUCAUCCACCAAAACUUCUCUACUUACUUACUGUAUUACACUUCUCUGUAACACUGCUAACACAAAUUAAGACAAUACCGCCACCUAGUGGCCUCUAUUAGUGUUAAGAUUCAAAACCGAGAUCCUCAGACUAAGCAGGUAGUAGUAGGAUAAAAGAAGGCUUUAAGAUGUCAGUGUGCAGUAGGGAUGCACCGAUCUGAUCCGCUGCAUCGGUAUUGACACUGAUCAGGUAUUGGCCAUAAUGUGACCGCUUUAAAUACAGUUUCUUUGUCAAUGUCAUUAUAAAAUCCAGUGUUUCCUCUAUCAGUUACAUUCAUUCAGUCUCAGCAGGCUGCUGUUCAUCAGUUUCUACAGCAAUCCCUUUUAAAAACAGAUUUCAAUUUGGGAAGAAGAAAGCACUGGUAUCGGAUCGGUACUCGGCAUCAACAGAUACGCUGAGUCGAGGUAUUGUGAUCGGUUCUGAGAUACUGAGAUUGUUGGAUCAGAGCAUCCCUAGUGUGCCACAUAAGGGUUGCAGUAGGUAGGCAAAAAACCAAAACACAACCAAAAGCAGGACACAAGUCACAAAAACUGAAAGAGGAAACAAAGCUAGGCGGCACAUCAGUUAACCUGGCAAAGACUAGAGUUACUGGGCACACAUGCGGGUUAAUGAGGAUCAGGUAUGCACACAGAUGGAGGAUCAGGAAACUGGGAGGGGCGGGACACUCUGGGACGGCCUGAUAUGACAGCAAGGUUAGUGCCUGGAUAAACAGGACUCUUCAGUCAGAUGAAGAUGAUUGCAUAGAUGAAGUAGGGAUUGUGACAAUUAGUCCUGGUACCCUCUGUGUAAUCCACAAUACAAAACAGGUGAAAUGUAUUUGCAAAUGACCUGACAGGUGUUUGUUUGAGGUGGGGUCCAGUCAGGCUAGAGGAGAGGUAGGCGGUGCCAGAAGCUCAGGUCCUAAUUACAACAUACCGCAUUACAAUUAACUGUGCUUUGAGUAUGUAACACAUUUUAGGGCUGCAAGUGAAGAUAUAUAUUUUUUAAAUCUGUCAAUUCUUUUUCCAAUUAAGCGAUAGGUCAGUCUACAAAAUCUCCUCAAAUUUAAAAAAUCUCAAACCAGAAAAUGUUUUUGCUUAAUAAAAGACUUAAAUGAUUAAUACAUUAUCAAGAUUAACUGCCAGUAAAUUUUGUGUUGAUCAGCUAAUCAAUUAAUCUACUUUAACACUGAAAAGACAAAUACAAACACAAAAUAAAGCAUAUUCACAAAUACCAAAAAGGCAGAUGGAGCAAGAAACUCCGUUGUAUGAAACUCAUGACAGAGGUCCAAGUGCUCAGAAAACAAAAAAUAAACGACUAAUCACAUGAAAUACAUACUUGUGCCCACACAUCCGGCCGACUCAAGCUUUCAGUCAUGACAUGAAACCCCUUUUUUAUAGCAUCAAAUAACUAAUUAGAACCAAACUUAUCAGAAAAAUGAACACUUGAACAAACAUCAGCGUGAUAAGAACUAUCCAAAAAUGACAGAAACCAUCUUUGGGAAACAAAGAUAUUUGACAAGUACUUUGAUUUUUUAGUUCAGCCAAUGUCCCAUCUGGUAACAUGGAGGGGGUGGGGUCAUUGAGUCUAUGGUCUCCACCUUCCCAGUACUGACCCAGUUGGACUGAGAGCUCACCUGGUAGAUUUGUACACAUGCUGAGGUGUGACAAAGAACCACCACAGCUGUGCUGAUUGAAGCUGCGGCCACAUAGGAUUUUAUCUGGUAAAAUGUACUUGUGUGCUGAGGUAAAAAGCAGGCUGGACAGGAAAUCAAACACUUUAUUGUCAUGAGCCUCCAUCAUUGUCCUUGCACUCUCUGCAGCCGAGCAGUGUCCCUCCUUCUCUGCCGUCUGUAUUAUUUCUCUUGCAGCUACAUUAACAAGGAUAGAAAUAAUCAAUAUUUACAAAUGAGAGGUCGUUCCUACCCCCUCUCUCAAACUCGCUGGAUGUUGAAGAUCUUGUGAUUUCGUACGUCAAAGUUCAGUCAAAGCAAAGCAAUUAACGGUGAAUACGUCUCAGUCUGUUCCUCACUGAGAUGACCGAGGACUCCUUGAGACUCUACCCCAGGCUCAGAUGAUCUGAAAACUGAGGUGACUGCAUUAACAUCUGUUUUCCUGGGACUGAUAGACUGCUCACUGAUGUGCAACAAUGUCUUUGUUUCCAAAGAAGCCCUUGCUUCAAACCUUCAGGCUUGUUGCAGUAUCAUGCAGUGAUUAUGAGACUGUCCAACAGGCUGAAGGAGUUCAUACCCCGGCGCGAGGCUCCGCGGGCCAAAAAUGACAUCAUUGCGCCUUUCAUGUUGGGCUGCAAGCUGUCGCGGAGCUUCGUUGUGCACCUCUGAAUUUUUGUAACUAGGACGCCUGGUGCGCUUUUCAUUUCAACAUGGUCGCCGAAGCUGACCGACAGCUUCGCCUCUACAAACACAUCUACCACCCUUCCUUGAGAGACCCCAGGGACAGCCAAAUGACUCUCAACAUCGGUAUUUGAUUGCAGGUAGUUGCAGGUAUCUAUUGCAGUAAAAGACAAACAAACAAAAAGAAAGCCCUUUCUGCUGGGAAAUACCACGAAUGUGCUGAAAAGCUGGAUUUAGACGCAACAUGCUGUUGUGGAAUGGAGGACUGUAGAAACGGCUAAUAAUCAAUAUUACAAUAUUAACACAGGGAUGAGAGUCUCAGUCCAAACACAAAUUCAACCAAAUCCACAUGCAGAUUUUACAAUUUGUAUAUGCAAAAAACUUUAUUAAAGGUUUUUAGACAUUAAUAUAGCCAAGAAUCAAUUCAAGUGCAAAUAUUCUCCGAUUAAUGAGCUCCAGCGUGACACCAGAACCCGUCCUGUCUAAAGUUUUCUUUAAGAGAGGGCCUUUUGUUUGUGGGAUUUAUUUUAUAAUAAUGAAACUAAAUGAUGAUGGCACUUCAUCACUAAAAGCCCUUUUUAACUUUUUUGUUUUCUUGUGAAUUUUUGAUGUGAAGUGCCUUUUUGUCUGUCAUGUAUAUGCAUUGUGUCUUAAUGUGACUGCUCAAGUACUACCAGCUUUAAUAAAGUGCUUUUG